GUGCAAAUAGAAAUUAGAAAGUUCUCCCCUCUCUUCUGACGUUGUACAAUUAUUCUCUCUCCUCCAUCCUAUUUCGUAGUGACUGAGUGCUAUGCUGUGCUGAGUGACGGAAAAUAACUAUAUUUUUAUUUAUCAAGUUAAAUAGGUUGGCUGGAAAUUUCGUAAUUUCGAAAGCAGCGAGUUAGACGAGGUGAAAGUGGGAAAGUUUUUUUCUUCUGUUUUUCCUUUGUUUUUUUGUUGGGAGAGAAAUAAACAAGGUUGGAAAAACGGGAGGGAGGGAAAGGAACAUAUUAAGAACAGCAGCAGGUUGUUAAAUUAAAAGAAUUGGAGGAAAAGAAGUGCCUUAUCGGAAAAAGUGGAGCCUUAUUGGUCGACCUUGUAGAGAGAGAGGGGAUAUUUUUGGUAGAUAAGUUUUUUUAGAAAGAAAGUCAAAAUGGCGACGGGGGGAGGAGCUGCGUGGCUUUUCCUGCAGUAUAACAAACACUUGAACGUGAUUGGGGAGGAGAUUCGGAACGCUUUUCAGCAAGAGGCAUGUUCCGAUGCGAAGAUCGUGUGUGACGGGGGAUCCAUCAGUGUCCACAGGCUUAUCUUGGCCUCGGCGAGUCCGUGGUUGAAAGCGGUCUUUGACGAGAUGGAAACCCCCCUCGACGUGUAUACCAUCGUCCUGCCUGACGUCAAAUACCCCGACAUGCUUCUCCUGACCAAAUUCAUGUACGGAGGAGAGGUGACCGUGCCCCUCAAACAGCUCGGAACACUGCAAGACCUCAUCCAACUUCUGGGGCUCGAACCUGGCCACGGAAAUGGGAAAUUCCUCAUUGAAAAUAUACACGAUAAGAGUAUCACCGUUCCUGGAGGGACGAAAGUAACCGUCGUCGGACCUCCGUCUCGCCACGGGUCGAAAUCACCCUCGGACGAUAUUGGACUUCACGGUUUGGCCACAGCUCAGCUCGACGAGGACGACGAUGACCCACAGAACAUUGCGGCCGGUUCUCCCAAACCGGAAGAUCUCUCGCUGAGUGGGAGUGGCGAGAUUCGUGUCAAGUCCGAACUCGAUUUCACCUCGGGUGGGAUGGAUGGCGAUAUGGAAACGGCGAACGGUGACAAUCCACUCUCCUGCUUGGCUAUUGUGCACGACGAAGGGAUCGAGGACCCUGGAUCCGCGUCGUCUUCGGCCAUGUUGGCGCGGCUUAAUGCCGCAGCGGCGGACCAUCAACAACAACAGCAACAUUUGGGUCAUCACGGUCAUCAGGAUCAAGACGUUGACGUCGAUGUGGUCGGAGAGGAUCAGGAGGUUGACGUGGAUGGUGGGAUGGGAGAUGAUGGAGAAUCCGACAUGAAACACCACGUCUCUGGGAUGGAGUCCGAUUCAGAAGUGAGCAUUGGAGGCAGUCGUCGUCACGGUGGUGAAGAGCAUCGUCGCCGUCUCUUCCGGUCCGCCCAUUUAGCCGCAACCCCACAGAACUAUACCGGAACGCACAUCGUCGGACGGCGCGAUAAGAAUGGGAACGUAUCUUCCAGUGGAAAUGGAGGUCGUCUUGCCCGCAGUGAAGGUGGCGGUGGUGGACGAAAGCGACCCUUCAACCUUGCCGGGGGUGCCUCUGCUACCCUUAAUAAUAACAAUGUGGCCAAUAAUAAUAACAAUAAUCACGAGAAAUCGCCCCCUCUUCCGCCGAAGAGGACUCGUUCCGUCACAAACGCGAUGGCAGUACAAUCUCACAGCAAUAGCUCGUCACCAGGCAGUGUGGAUUCCAAGGAUAAGAGUGGUGCAGGGUCUCCAAACAGUUCGGUCUCCAUCUUGGCGAAAGUUGGCACUAAAAUCACAAACACUCGCACGAAGACGCCACACCUGCAAAUCAUCCCGGAAUCUGGUGUGCUCCGUUGUUCCAUGUGUCACUAUGAAUGCGCGUCGUACGAUGAUUACAAGAAGCACGAGAAAGUGCACCAACCCAACUUUUCGUGUCAGUAUUGUGGAAAGGGAUUCUUCAUCAAGUGGAAUUUAAUUGCUCAUCUUCGAACCCACACUGGCGAGAAGCCUUUCACCUGCUUCUUCUGCAAGGGCUCCUUCCGUCAAAAGGCUCACUUGAUCAAACACAUUUCCUCCGUCCAUCGCUAUGAGGGGGAUAAAGAUUCGCCAAAAAUCAAGCGUGAAAAGCCCGUCGGGAGUGGUGGUGGUGGUUCGUCCGGUGGCGUGGGUUCUGGCGAACUCUCCGACUCUGCCGAUUCCCCACUUCCCGGAGGCAAAGAAGAUUUCUCGUGCUGCUUCUGUGGUGAACCGUUCGAAAAUAAGGACGCAAUCCGACGACACAUUUCACAAUUCCAUCGCGACCUUCUCACCCGGGCGCAGUAAAUAAUAGACAAAAAAAGUGUAUAAAAAUGUAGUUCGGGGCGAAAGUGAAAGUAUUUUUCAUUUGGUUUCAUAAUUAUUAUUAAUUUCGUUCAUUAGUCAGUUGACCAAUAAGUUGCAUAGUUUUUUUGUUAGAAUUUACAUAGGCGUUAGUUUUUUCAAUAACUUUUUCCUCGACUUUUUUUUCAUGACUAAAUAUUUUUUUUGAAAAUAAUCCGAUAACAUGUUUCACAAUUCUGUCACGAUCUUUUACCCGGCCACGUGUAUGAAAAAAAUGUUAUCGGGUGAAAUCGAAAAGUGAAAGUAUUUUUCAUUUCAUAAUUAAUUUUCGUUCGUUCAUUAGUCAAUUGACAGUAAUAAGUUAGUUUUUUGUUAGAAUUUAGUCCUCAUUUUUUGAGUUGGAGAACUUUCUCGUCUUUUUAAUGACUAGUUUUUGUCUGUAGAUUUAAGUCCUUCUUUUUAUCUCUGCUUUUUUUACGAAUUGAGAAAAUACGCGAAACAGCAAUAAUUCUUUCCCGAAACUUUUUAUAUUUCCCUGAAAAAUCCGAAAAUACCAUGCUUCCAAAAGAACUAAACAAUCAAUCAAAUCGAAACAUAAAAGAAUUCCUUACAUUUUGUGACCACGCGGAUAAAAGAAGAAGAAAAAAUUGGUACAAAUAAUGAUUACAAAUCAAAGACUAAAAAUCAAACUUUUGCCUACACAGAGAAUAAAAUUAAGCCUAGAAUUUUAUAGGAUAAGGAAAAAGACAGAGAUUACAUAUUUAUACUAGUUUUUCAUUACUGUUGUUGUCGCCGUUGUUUCUUUAUUACCAUUAAUUGACAGCUAACUAACUAACUAAAUAGAUUAUUAAUUAAGUAAGUGUGUAAAAACUCUGCUUUUUUGCUAGUUAUUUACACGACAUAGAAUAUUGGAAAAGAGUUCCGGGCAGGAAAGGGUAACAUGAAUGUACAAUAUUAUAAUAAUUAAUUAAAAAUUAGUUAAUUAACGUAAGAAAUAUUAUAUGGAACUCAGUGUCUUAUCACAAAACCUUUUAUAUUUACAAAAAUAAAUAAAUAUUUAAGUGAGCUGGUUAAGAAGAUAAUGAAAUAAAAGUCAGUGUAUAUUUGGUGCCUAAAACUUUAUAGAAAAAAAGAACGCUAGAUUUUCAAAUUUAUAAAAAAGAAGCCUAGAAUUUCAAAUUUAUAAAAAAUCUUUUGAAAUACUACUUUGUUUUCCUAUCUCAAUUUCAGUUUAGGGCAAAAUUUAAUUAUAUUAUGAUCUUCUUUAUGUAGCGAAUUUACAUAUUUAUCAUGAUAAGAAUUUUGCGGAAGAUUAUUAUUCUCCUCUGCAGCAGCCGCAGUGUUGUCAGCACUGAAAGAAGAAACGGUAGCAAUAAAUGUGAAGUAUAAACUAAGAUUAAGCAGAUUUUUUUAGUUAAUUAUUUAAUAUUAAGACUUAUGUAUAAUUAGUUACGGAUUUAGUUUAGUUAGUGUUUUCGUGUUUUUUUGAUAUGAGAGACGUUAUAUUAUAUUAUACUUGUUACUAAAUAAUCUCGGACGGAGGUGGGAGAAUGAUGAUGAUAAUGAUAUAUAAAAAACGAUUAUCUGAUGUUCUGAUCAUGAAGAUGAAGAUGUAAUAAAUCAUAUUUAUGUACCUAAUGAAAAAAG